AUUGAAGAGCCGACGUACGCUGAGAGUGUCUGCAUGUUAUUUAUCCAGUCUUUCGGUGAUCUUAACAGAGUGCGGACAUAUAAAUUCUGCUCCAACAUCUGCUGGCCAUUUGGUCCAGUGACUUGUAAAGAAGCUUAACCGGAAGGUUGCUCCUGAUAUAUAUAAGCCUCCUCACAAUUCCUGUGAAAAUUUUUCUUAAUUUUAUUCGUAGGGAAUCGACAGAUAUGAAGACAUCAUUGACAUUUUUUGUGACCUUGGCCUUGUGGUGUGAAGUGAAAUGUUGUAAUCAGACUAAUAUUGAUCUUCAACCUGAUGAAGUGUACCAAUUCACGUCUGUAGAUCAAUUCACCGCGACCCCAGGCGCUGUUCAGACUUGCGUUUUCGAAGGCAGUGCUCCCGUCGCUCAUAAAAUUUACGUGCUUUGCAAUCCACUGACCAUAAUAUAUGACUACAACUGCAGAUACUCCAAGCUCCUGUACUCGCCUUCCGGAGAUCCCGACUACGCAGAUGCCGUGACCUAUUGUGGCUAUCGGCAGACGCUGAACUUCACAACAGUCACCAAUAAAGUAGCACUGAAAUUCAUCAAUGCAAUCCCUGAUAACGUUAUUCUCCCAGGAUAUAUUUGUUUCAUCGCCACUCCUAUCAAAUCUACUGCAGCGAAAAGGAAUCCAACGUCAGCUGAAUCGUUUCCUGAAGCCGAGCUCCCUCCAAAAGCCACCUCCGAAAGCAACUGUGACUGUGGAUUGGGCAAUCCAGAACAAAGAGAUGGCGCUGCGUCAAUAGCUGAACAUCCUUGGAUGGCAGGCAUCUUUAGUAAAGGAAGAGAUACACCUUUUUGCGGAGGAAGCCUAAUUUCCAAGCAGUGGGUGCUGACGGCCGCGCACUGCGUGUUGGAUGAAGCACCCGAUGACAUCGAGGUAGUGCUGGGUACCAAUCAGGCUAGGCCAAACGUCAAGUCCGGUAGAAGAGUCAAGGUCUCUCGGAUAAUUACCAAUCCUAAUUAUGAUGCUAAUAAUUUAGAUAACAACAUCGCCCUGCUGAAGAUGGCUGCUCCAGUAACGUAUUCGAAAAGAAUUUCACCUGUGUGUCUACCUUACAAUUUGAAUCACUCUGACUACGAAGGAAGUGCAGGAACUAUAACGGUAUGGGGCGGGGUUGGCGAUCAAGAACCAUCGGAAGGCCUUGAAGAAGAUGAUCUCAUCAUAAUCCGUGGCGAUUGCUUCAUAGAAACCGACGGCUUCUGGCUGGCAGUCACGGACAAUAUGUUCUGCACGGUGGGUGCUGGCAAGUUCGCGUGCAAUGCAGAUUCUGGAGGCCCCCUGACCGUACAGUCUGAGGGACGUCACAUCCAACUAGGGAUUGGUUCCUGGAGCCUCUCGUCGUGUUCAGCUCCUCCUUACCCCGGAAUCUAUACGAAAGUAACCAAUUUCCUUCCAUGGAUCGAAAAGAACACGAAAGAGACCUUCUGCAAAGUGAAUUAAUAUUCCAUUGUAAUUGUAAAGUGUUCCUGUUGAGUCUAGUUGAUACAUUGAGGUUCAGCUGGUAGGAUGAUCUUUUACAACCAAGUUACACUUAUGUUUUUAGAGUUAAUUUUGUAGCUAGUUAAUUGCCGAUCAUUUACAUGUUAAGGUAUAUCUAACUUUUAGUACUCCGUAUUAACGUGAUUAAAGAUUUGCUUAUCUUAUGAAAACAAAGCAAAUUUUUCCCCGACUGAUAGUGAGGAAAAUGGCGAAAAAUAUUUCCAUCAAUGCAGCCUAAUCGACCUUCUCUAAAUUUCAGCAUAUAAAAUUAUAGUCAGUGGUUGAAAAUGUAGCGGCGUCAAUAUGCAAAGACUAACGCAAAUAGACAAGUGCGAGAUGUCAAGAAUUGUCGUAACCGUACUUGGAAUGGAUGUGAGUAUGCAAGUUUGAUUACGGAUUUAGAAGUUAUUGUUCAUAAUUCACUCCAACAAAGCACUAGGAGUGGGAAUAGUUUUCGCUUCAUAAUUCGAGGCAGAAGUUAUUAAACCCUGAUAAUUGAUCCGAUGACUUGCGUCCGAUCUCAUUAUGGUAGUCUUGAUGAAACUGAUGUUUUAAUUGGUAUGCGCACGCAUGUCGAGAGGAAAUUUUCAUAUACUAUCAGACUGAGCAAUAAUCCAUGUUGAACGAUUGACGUGUCUCAGGUCUGUGGUCUGGCACUCGAGGAUGGCGUAUCUGGACAUUAGUCCAAAAUUCAACAAAAGGCCUAACUGGCAUGUAGUGUUCAAAUAUUAGUAUCCCUAUAUCCCUAUUGCAGAAAAUUUGAAGUAAACCUCUUUAUAAGGUUUAGGUUUUAUUGCCGAAUUGGUAUGAAUUUUCGUUGUCGUCUCACUGCCACCGUUGACACUCGAAGAUUAAUUUCGCAUUGCUAGGUCUAGGUCAUAUAAUAUAAUUCGGAUUGAAAAUUUAGAUUUGUAAGCGCAACUGUCGAAAAUUGGAAAUAAAAAUUGUCAUCAUGUCGUUAGAAGUGAGCAUGUUUUAAAAUCUCAUUUACUGGUCACAAAUGAAUAUGCUAGCAAAUACUAUUUCUUUUUACUGAAGAAAGAUGUGCAAGAAUUGUCAGUAGAGCUUGUGGAUUAAAAAUAGAUAAGAGUGAAUAAUA